CACAAGUUAACUUUGCAAGGAAAAACACCAGAAAAUAAUAGCAAUGAACUACACAUAUAUUUCAGAAGGUAAUAAUGAAAUUAAUCUAAGAAUUGAGGAAAAUUUAAAAUAAAAUACCUGUGUGGCAUUUAUACCAAUUGUCACAAGAUGUCGCUACCCACUGAAAAUCAAAAUACUCUUUUCAGGCAAAGCCCCUCCCAGCAAUUCAGAAAGAACAAGAGACUGCAAGAAGCUCAGGGUGAUGGCAUGGAUAACUGCAGCGUAACAGUUGCCUAUUCCCCACCAUUUUAUGCUGACGCUGGAGAGUGGAUUAAUUUUUCCCCAAAGCAGGGAUAAAACCUACCGUUACAAUGUCUUUGAACCAAUGCCCCCUGGUGAAGAGCUGGCUGCUGCAGCUGAUUCUAAUCCACAGAGUCUGGUUGAUGGGGAGUGGGCAGCUCCAUUACUCUGUCCUGGAAGAAUCCCAGCAUGGCACCUUUGUGGGCCGCAUUGCCCAGGAUCUGGGGCUGCAGGUGGAGGAGCUUAUGCCUCGGAUGUUCCGGAUGAUAUCCCAAGGCCAUGAGGACUACUUAGAGGUAAAUGUCCAAAAUGGAAUUUUAUUUGUUAAUUCCAGGAUAGAUCGAGAAGAGAUGUGCGCCAAGAUCCUUGUAUGCAUGAUUCACCUGGAGGUGAUCCUGGAUAAACCCUUGAGAGUCUUUCAUGUGGAAGUAGAGAUCAAGGAUAUCAAUGACAAUGCUCCUAUAUUCCCAGCUGCUGGGCAAAACCUGAAUGUUCCUGAAUCUAGACUUCCAGGUUCAUCCUUCCCACUAGAGGGAGCUUCUGAUGACGAUAUCGGUUCAAACGCUCAUCUCAGCUACAAACUCAGUCCCAAUGAGUAUUUCACCUUGGAUGUUCAAAACAAUGAGAAGCAUGGUGAGUCUUUAGUUCUUGUGUUAAAGAAACCUCUUGAUCGAGAAUUAACUCACGUAUACAAUUUAUUGCUUACGGCCACUGAUGGAGGGAAACCAGAGCAAACUGGCACAGCUCAGUUGCUAAUCAGUGUGCUGGAUACAAAUGAUAAUGCACCCGUUUUUAAUCAGUCUGUGUAUCAAGUUAAAGUUUUUGAAAAUGCAAAAUUAGGAACAUUAAUAAUCUGUCUCAAUGCAACAGAUCUCGAUGAAGGAAUUAACAAAGACAUUAUAUAUUCCAUUCGAAGUGUUAACCCACAGAAUUUAGGUGCACUGAUUAGUUUAGAUUCAAGCAAUGGACAAAUCAUAUUAAAUGGAGAACUUGAUUUUGAAAGCAUUAAGUUAGGUGAAAUUGGGGUAGAGGCAACAGACAAAGGCUCCCCACCAAUGAAAGGACAUUGUAAAGUCCUGAUUGAGGUCUUGGAUGUGAAUGACAAUGCUCCUGAGAUAUCAGUCUCAUCACUGUCGGUGCCGGUGCCAGAGGACUCCCCACUAGGGACAGUGGUGGCCCUGCUCAGCAUUUCUGACAGAGAUGUUGGUGCCAAUGGGCAAGUAAGCUGCUCCUUGUGGCCACCUGGGCUCCCCUUCAAGCUGAUGUCCAACUUCAAGAAUUAUUAUUCACUGGUGAUAGCUCAGCCUCUGGAUCGGGAGAAAGUAGCUGAAUACAGACUGUUGGUGAUGGCACAAGAUCAAGGGGAGCCAUUGCUGUCAACCAGCAGCAGUCUGGUUGUGCCCAUCAGUGAUGUGAAUGACAAUGCGCCUACAUUUGCACAGCCCUCCUACAUGGUCUUUGUGAAGGAGAACAACCCACCGGGUGCUCACAUCUUCACGGUGUCUGCCUCAGACCUAGAUGUGGCUGAGAAUGCUCUGGUUAGCUACUGGAUGGAUGACAAGCUUUGGCCACUGACAAGCUACAUCUCGGUGCAUUCAGAGAGUGGGAAGGUCUAUGCCUUGCAACCCUUGGACUACGAGGAGCUGAAGCUGCUGGAGUUCCAAGUGAGGGCCAAGGAUGCUGGGCUGCCUUCCCUAUGUGGCAAUGUGACUAUUCAGGUCUUUGUGGUGGAUGAUAAUGAUAAUGCACCAGCAGUGUCUGAACCAGAGGAGGCUCCCAUCUUGCUGACAGUCCCACUGGAAGCUGGACAUGUAGUGGGAAAGAUCCGUGCCUUGGAUGCUGACUCAGGCUACAAUGCAUGGCUGCGCUAUGAAUUGCAUGAUGCCAAAAGUGGUCUUUGGCGCGUUGGGUUAUACAGUGGUGAGAUCAGUACAACCCAAGCCCUGGAUGAGACAGAAGGCGGCAGCAGCCAGAAUCUGGUGAUAGUAGUGAAGGAUCAUGGCAAACCAGUGUUGUCAGCCACAGUCACAUUCAGUGUAUCACUGAUAUCAAGUGCUCAGGCUGUUCGCACUGAUACCUGGCUUCCCAUGUUGGGAGUGAACUCAGGAUCCUUGGCGGACAACUCCAAUAUCUACCUGAUCAUCGCUAUUUGUUCGGUGUCCAGCUUGUUCCUGCUUGUGAUUAUAGUAUACAUGGCUCUGCGAUGCCAGUGUCAACCCAAGGAGCCCGUGAUGUAUGGCCCUGGCACAGCCACACUGGUUUGUGCCAGCGAAGUGGGCACCUGGUCCUAUUCAAAUCGCCACAGCCACAUCCUGGCAGCUCCAGCUGGGGAGGCUGGUGCCAGGAAUGACCUCAUGGUUUUUACCCCCAACGUACCAGUCUUUUCAGAGAAUGGGGAACUGCAGAAUGGAAAGGAGCUGGUCCCAAAUAUAUCUGGGCAGGUGAGAUGUAAUGAAAGUUUGCUUUCUUUAAUUUUUCUGAUGUGUUAUCAUGUGGAGUCACUAGCAACAUAAAAAGUAAAUUUUCCCAUUGAAAUUGUCUUAGAGAAUGAGAUUCCUGGUUCCCCCCAAGCGUGUCUUUUGGGGGGUUAUUAUGAUUAAUUUUAAACAAUUUUGCAUUUACUUUGUACAACUCUGUUUCAAAGUGAAAUUUGCAAUACUUGUUUAUGGUGUUGCUUAGAUAAUGUGGGACUUUUUUUGUUUUGCUGAAAUGGGAAAUUAUAUAGCGGGCUUAAUUUUUAAAUUUGUUAAUUCAUCUCUCGAUUCAUUAUUUUUCAUAGCUGAUAGAUGGCUGAGCUCAUUCUUCCGUCAUUAACUGCAACCACCUAAUAAGGCACCUAAGAAUUUUUUUAUCCAUUUCUGUGCAUUUUUGUUCUGUUGAUUCCAAGGCAAAUGCUGCUCAAAGAUUUGUAGACUUCAAAGCUUUACUUCAGAUAUUACCACUCUGUUUUAAUGUCCUCCUUUAAUGUCCUUUGUAGCUGUCAUAGCCAAGGGAGAACUGCUGUUCGGUGAAUGAAUGACUUAUUGUGAAUGAACACACAUCCACUGACAAGCUUAAGUCUGUAUUAAUUCAUAAUUUAGUGUCAAUCUAAGACACGAUUUGUUCUUUUUGGGGUGUAUUUUAAGAAAGGAUUAAAAUAAGGCAAGUGAAGGUGCUUAACUCUUUCCCCCUCCAGUUGCUUUUUCUGUUCCCCACUGUUGUUUUCUCUCUUGCAGAAUUCCAAAUGUAUGUUUGCAAUGGCAAAUGCUUUGGGGACUCCAUUCAGAGGGGAACAUUUGGCAGGGAAGGCAACUUAGAGUGAAGAAGUGAUAGAUGGGGUAAUAGUUAAGCAUGCCUUGUUUCUUUGCUCAGAAUUACCCCCUUAGAAAUAGCAUCCAUUAAUAAGGUUAAAAUACAGGCACACAUCCUUUUAUUGCGUUUCACAGAUAUUGCUCCUUAUGAGGAUAUGGGUGCAGCUGCAGGCAGCCUGGCUGCUUCCAGGGGAAGGGAGCCCCCCUCCCCACCAGCCACUGCCCCUCAUCUGGCCUUGGGAGUGGAACAGUCUAGGGCUGGAGCUGGGUUUUACCCCUCUUGCCCCUGCAGUUAGGCUUAAUAGAUGACAAUAUAGUGUAAACAUAACUUCAAUAUCACUGGGAAAUAAAAAAAGAAGUGUGACCUCCAUCAUUCUGCCCGGACACUGAGG